AUUUCCUAGCAAUUUUUAAUUUCCUCGGCUUCUCCCUCUCCUCUGGUUCACAGUCUCGACUCAGCUAUGGGUACUCAGUUCACUGCUAUUUGGAUGGCUCUUCUCCUUUCGUUCCCGGUGGUUUUGUCCGCACGCGAUGAUGGGCUGAUGAGAAUUGGACUAAAGAAGAAGAAAUUGGAUCACCUCGGUCGUCGGGUUGUACCUGGAUCAGUCAACUUCAUUCCCAAGGAAGAGGGAGGAGGAGCUUCCAAACCUGCAGCUACCAAAAAGUAUUACAAUAUCGGGGAAACCGAAGCCGAUAUUGUUGCACUAAAAAACUACUUGGAUGCUCAGUAUUAUGGUGAAAUUGCUAUUGGCACACCUCCUCAAACUUUCACCGUUAUAUUUGAUACAGGAAGCUCUAAUCUUUGGGUGCCCUCGUCAAAAUGUUAUUUCUCGCUUGCUUGCUAUUUCCAUUCCAAGUAUAAGUCCAGUGCGUCAACAACCUACGUCAAGAAUGGCACCUCUGCUGCAAUUCAAUAUGGAACUGGUUCAAUUUCUGGUUUCUUUAGCCAGGACAGUGUUGAAGUUGGUGAUCUUGUUGUUAAGAAUCAGGGUUUUAUCGAGGCAACAAAAGAACCAGGUGUCACGUUCUUGGCUUCCAAGUUUGAUGGUAUACUUGGACUUGGGUUUCAAGAAAUCUCAGUUGGAAAUGCUGUUCCAGUUUGGUACAAUAUGGUUAAUCAAGGUCUUGUUAAGGAAAAAGUUUUUUCAUUUUGGUUGAACCGCAAUGUUGAAGGGGAAGAAGGGGGAGAAAUUGUGUUUGGUGGGGUGGAUCCUAAUCAUUACAAGGGCGAGCACACAUAUGUUCCUGUGACUCAUAAGGGGUAUUGGCAGUUUGAUAUGGGAGACUUGUUGAUUGGCACUGAAACAACUGGUUUGUGUGCUGGUGGGUGUAAAGCAAUUGCUGAUUCUGGAACCUCUUUGCUGGCGGGUCCAACAACUGUGAUCACUCAAAUUAAUAAUGCGAUUGGAGCCUCUGGCAUUGUAAGUGAAGAAUGCAAGACGGUGGUUGCACAAUAUGGGAAAAUUAUACUGGAAAUGCUGGUGGCUCAGGCUCAACCACGAAAGGUGUGCUCUCAAAUUAGCUUCUGUACUUUUGAUGGGACUCAGGGUGUCAGUAUGAACAUUGAGAGUGUGGUAGAAGAAAACUCAGACAAAUCAUCAGAUGGUCUGCAUGAUGCCAUGUGUACUGCUUGUGAGAUGAUGGUUGUAUGGAUGGAGAAUCGGCUCAGGCUUAAUGACACUGAAGAUCAGAUUCUUGAUUACGUGAAUAAUCUCUGUGACCGAUUGCCCAGUCCAAAUGGAGAAUCAGCAGUUGAAUGUAGCAGUCUAUCCUCCAUGCCCAGUAUCUCAUUUGAAAUUGGUGGUAAAUUAUUUGAACUGUCACCUGAGCAGUAUGUACUUAAAGUGGGAGAAGGAGUUUCAGCUCAAUGCAUCAGUGGAUUUACUGCUUUAGAUGUUCCUCCUCCUCAUGGACCCCUAUGGAUCUUGGGAGAUGUUUUCAUGGGACGGUAUCAUACAGUGUUUGACUAUGGGAACCUGACAGUUGGAUUUGCUGAUGCAGCUUAAAGUGAAUUGUCACCUCGGCGUCUCGUAGUUUCACUGCCACUGACAUUUGUAUUGGUAUUAGCUUGACUGUUUGCACGACUUUAUAGUUUAUACACUGCUGUUUGUAAAUAAAUGUGUAAUGGAAAGAGUUCUGUGCCAUCUUCACAAUGAUCUGUGAACCUAGUUUGAACUUGAAGAUGGAAGAGAGUGGGUUUAAGGCUAUAUAAACAAUCCUGUCCCCUAAGGUAUGUAAUCAUCUCCUUCUUCAUAAGAAAAUAUCGUUCUUUUCAA